UGUUAGUGUUAUGUUUAUAAAUUAUUUAAGGUUAUUGUAAUCGUAAUGUUAUGACAACAUAUUUUAUAACUUAAGUUAUUAUAAAGCAGUACCAAUAAGUACACGUAUUUUGUUCUUAAGCAAAUUUAAAUACUACAAAGGGUUAAAAAUACAUAAGUAGGCCUAAGUAGCCUUAAUCAAAUUAGGAGUCAACAUAAGCAGAGGUUAGGUUAUUAUUGUGUCUUGGAGAGGUCAACACCAUGGCUGGCACUUCCCUUGCGGAGCAAUUGAAGAGACUAGCAGCUCCUCAAACCUCAAUUCUUGUGCAUACAAAGAAGAAGCAGUCUUUAUUGUUUGACCCUAAAGAUGCAGCAGACAUCGAUCGAGCAACAUUUUAUGAAAUAGGAACAAAUGGAUUAGAAGAGCUGAAAGCAAUAGACCCUCGACUAGGAGAGUUUGAGAGAACAUUGUUUGAUGAGACAAGUCAACAUUUGGAACGUGCUGUAGAGGAUAAGCUUGCUAAUGAUAAGCUUGACAAUCUUAUCAAUAGGUUUCUCAUUCUGCUGUCUCCUUAUGUGAACCUGAAAGGAGCCCAGAAAACAUUAGAAUGGCUUAUACAAAGAUAUCACAUCCAUCAAUACAACACAGACAGUGUUGUAGCGCUCUUUUUACCUUAUCACGACACAAACAUUUUUGCGAGAAUGGUCCAAAUUUUGCCCCUUCAUGAUAAGGGAAGUCGAUGGGUUUGGCUGGAGUCCUUGAAGAAGGAAGGAAUUCCAAUGUCAAAACAGUUUUUGCUCUCUCGGGCUUCCUCUGAUCCUUCUUUCUUCAAAUUUAUCUGCAAUCUUCCACUGCAGGCAGUGCAGGUACAUGGAGAAAAAAGCUACUGUUUGACAACUCUGUUUGCUUUUUACUGUACAACAGUGAUAGGUGCUUUGGAUCAGUCUCUUCAGGUUUCUGAGGUUCAAGUAACUCAUUUGCUACCGUCACUGAUCGCUGGGCUCAGUUCCUCCCAUUUGGAUUUCACUGCUUCAUCCUACAUGAUUCUCGGGCACCUGGUCACCAAGAUUCAUCUCACUGCUGGCAUAUUCAAUGAGCUGUUCUAUAAAGUUGCCAAAAGUAAUCAACCAGGACUCCGCAGCGAGGCAGCUCUGGUCCUUGUGGUAAUGUCCCAGUGUGGUCAACUGGCUGCAGCAUUGCCAACCGUUGUGCAUCUCGCGUCGUCCGACUGGUUCUUUCCUGCUCUCACAGACCUGGCAGCUUCAGGAGUCGUUGUCUUCCCAUUGGUCAAAGCCUUUGUCUCCGAAUGUCUGACGGCUGUAAAAAACACAGACAACGAUCAACUACAACUGCAGGACUUUGUGUCCAAAAUGCUGGAGAAUCUGUCAUUCAGCGGGGAUGAAGCAGGCAGUUUGUUCAAGCUGUUCGCAGAGAAACCUCUCACAGGCAAUAAAUGGUUCCAUAACACAGUUCAUCAGCUGGAGAAAUCCUAUCCGGAAGCAUUCGACAAAAUUGUGAAAACAAAUUCCAACUUGAUCUCCAUUGUCCCUGGUCUGUCCGAAAAGAAUGACCUGUUCCAAAAACUGAACCAUCCGUCAUCCAAAGUGCGACUGGAAGCAAUUCAGUACAUCAAAUCUCACCAGGAAUUCCUGAAGGAAGAAUGGGUGCAAGAAACUCUUUCUUCUCGAUUGUCUGAUGAAAGCUCAAAAGUUGUAAAAGCAGCACUGGAUUUGGCUAAUUGUUUACCUAAAGAUCAGCUAUUAAAUCAGCUGAUCAAGGUAGUUACUCACAGCUGGCUCAACAACAAGUUCCUUGGACCAGUAGCGCUUGACAGACUCAUGAAUAUGGCCGUAGACUCUUCGUUGAUCCUCAUUCUGACAAUUCCUUUUUUGCUCCCAUCGGGGGAAAAGGGUUUGGCAGUUGCCAAAGAGAUGCUGAACUGCCCAGUAAUGAAGAAAUUGUCAGUUUUAAAACCCAUAUUGAAGAAUCUUGAAAAAUCUGGAGAUAAUGUAACAGAAACAGAUUUCUCCAGGGAAGUGUUCAGUAUUCUCCAAACGGGUGUUAAAACUGUUGAUCUGGAGGCAGUGCUCAAGUCUGGGAAACAGUUGGAGUCUUAUGGUGUUGUUUACCAGCUGAUCAUUUUGCUGUUGGUAGCUGAAGCAAUGCCAAAGAAAUGUGGCUCAGAAGAAGCUCAAAACUUUCUCCAACUGUUAAAAACCUUCAACAGUUCUUCCAAGAUCAGUGCAAAGGUGAAAGAACAAUUGAGUGAGGAUAGUAUCGCAGCUAUUGUAUCAGUUUGUAAAGAAGGAAAAGCUCCUUAUCAAGGCGGUUUGUACGCUCUUGCCAAGAUAAUCGACAAAUUAAAGUCACCUGCUUUUAAAGGGAAACAUAUUUACGAUGUAGGCGAGCCGUCUAUUGCUGUUAUUGUGGACAUUUUCCGAUUGGUAGUAGAGAUGAUUGGAACAAAAAACAAACGCAUCUCAGAAGCAUAUUCAGAAUUUUGUAACUACAUGUUUAGGAAGUGCUGUGAGGGUGUGGAAGAUCAGAUAGACCUGUUGUCCAACAUUGCGCUGGGUUGUCCAGACCUGACAGGGGAGUGUAUGAAGAGGCUGAGCUCACUAGUGGAGGAACUGGCUAGUGUGAGGGAAAAGGUUUUGGUGCCAGCAAUAUUGGCAGCACUACGAUCAGCUGAUAUGCAGGUGCGCCACAACGCCCUCACUGUACUGCAAGCUCUGACACAGAAGUUGGCUCUACCUUCUUAUCACAAGCUAGUGCACCACCUGGCCGAGCAUAAGGAAGAGAUGAGUCUUGAUGGCGAGCAAGUAAACGUAGCUCUUUAUCUCUGCUUGUCGCCCGACCCCUCCGUGCAGUCUCUACUCAGCAAGUCAGACAGACAGGCCUUGGUCCAGUCUCUAGAUACGUUGAUGAACAUUAUUGAGGACCCGAACACCCCGGCAUACAUAGUGGCGCAACUGCUCAGCGUCCUCGACCAAGUCAACUCACAGAGUUUGCUGGAGAAGAUGAUCCCACUGGCCAUGCAGACGCUUCAGUGUGAGGAGAGGUCGGCUGUGCAGGUGUGUGUGUUGAAGGCUGUGAUUGGUCGGUUCAACUCCACCUCCGCCUCAGCACUGGAGAGUGAGGUCACCUGGACCUUUGUGGCGACUUGUCUGUCUGACCACAAGCCUCUGGCUCACGACGGAGCCAUAGCUGCUGUGUUGAUGCUGCAACAGAUUGACAAGGAGUUGUUUGCGUCCCUCAAGAAGGAGCAGCAGCAACGGUUGGUAGCACUGAUUGUGAGCUGUGUGACAGAGACGGAGGCCAGCGAUGUCACCAGUGCUGCUGCCUCAUGCUUCAAGAGAAUAGUCCUUGAUGCCAACAUUGUUGCCAAUCUGCUGGAGCAAAUGAGAGACGUGACUGUCGAAACACCUGCUGAUACUACAAAGAAAAGAGGUUGGGCUGUCAAAAGACCUCCACCUUUGGAACUACUGACAACCACUGCUUGGAAGCAGGGUCUUUGCUUGUUAGAGUUCAUACAGAACAAAAAGAAACUGGAGAAUGUUCAAGUAUUACUACCUCGACUGUUUGAAAUUUUAAAUCGAUGUCUACAGUUUGAGGAGCAGUCACCAGUAGAGUACACCAAGCAGGUGUUGCUCACAGCACUACUACACUGCUGUACCAAGCUGUCGCCAGAUGGCUCACCAGUAGUAGAUGUACCAGAGACUAGUCUACAAGUAGAGUCAGUGGUAGAGUGUGUAAGGUUGUCGUCUAACCCUCAGACUCAUCACCAUGCGUUGUUACUGCUAGCACACAUGGCCAGCAUGAUUCCUGAACGAGUUCUUCAUUCAAUCAUGCCAAUCUUCACUUUCAUGGGAUCAUCAGUUUUAAGACAAGAUGACGCCUACAGUUUCCAGAUUAUAUCCAAAAUAGUAGAAACGAUUGUGCCGAUAUUAAUGAUGGAUAAAGUAUUAGACAAAGAGAGACCUAAUCUAUCGGACCAAGGUGACUUGACGCCAGAGAUUGUCGGAGUGUUGCAAGUGUUUGCUGGCGCUCUAUUGGAUGUCCCUGAGCACAGACGAGUGCCCCUGUACACCAAACUGCUCAUCACUUUGCGCCAGGAUCGAGUGCUCUGGGCUUUCCUAGCUUUAGUGUUUGAGUGCCACGUUCUACAUCCUGAUAACAGUGCUGGCAAGGAGCCAGGGUCUAUACCCAAGAGACUGGAGGCCUGUCUACAACUCUGUCACCAGUUUUCCCCAGCCACUGUGUUGUCAGCCGGCUGCCACAUCAUGAGCUACUUGUGUCAGCUGCCAACGCAGAAAGGGGACAAGAAGGCCCAAGCGUUCAAGAAGAGCAAUGUAGGAGCAUUGUUUGAUGUCGAGCGAGUGACUGACAAGCAGUUGCGCCACUACACCUACACUGGGCUGACAUUCCUGUCACUGCUGCUGUCUUCUAAACAGUUUCUCCGAAUGGUUGCAACUCUAACCCUUGAAGGGAUCCAAGAUUUGAAAAACGUAUUCCAGCUGAUGUUUGAAGGUAUAUUGACCUUCACACAGAGCGUUUCCAAACAAGUAGACAGCUCUGCCAGCCAACCGACCGCCAAGUACUGGAAGUCCAUGUUCAAUAUCUGCUUUGAUGUACUGACUAAGACCAAUGCGUUGCUGCCAGGAGAUAUGUUCCUGUCCGUAGUGGCCAGCCUGGUCACUCAUGAACUGAUCACUCUGAGAGUCAAGGCUCUGGAACUGCUCAAUUGGAGGUUGCAGCAGGCUCAGCCCAUGGAGCCUCCGCAACUGCUGACUCUGCUGCCUUGUCUGCUGAGGCUGGCCAAGAGUGAGGACACUCAGCACGAGGCAGUGCUGAUGCGACAGACCGCGCUGCUCUCCGUCAAGUUCCUUGCUAGACAACUCGCUGCGGAUCACCCUGAUGAGUUCCAGCCGGUGUUCAAGGUGGCAGUGAAGCUAGUGAAGCGCCGCAGUGUAGGUGACCCAGUGCUGGCGUCAGCUGUGUUGUGUGCAGGAGAGUUGUGUCACACUAUGGGAGCUCAUGCCAUCGCUCACCUUCCCUCACUGAUGCCUCCACUACUGGCCGUGGUGGGGAGUGACGUACUAGUCACAAGUGGAGACCUGUUGCUGCUGAGUGUGGUGUCUGCUCUCAACAAGAUUGUGGACAGUCUGGCAUGUUUCCUCAGCCCAUACCUCAGUCAGCUGUUGGAACAGCUGUGUGUCCUGUCAGCUGAGUGUUCUAAACACAGUGACAAUCCUAAACUGCAACCUGUGCUGCAGAAAAUCAAAACCAUCAGGCAGAAGAUCUCGUCAGAAGUGCCACUCAGAGCCUUGCUACCAGCUGUGACGGAGAGCUACACUCAACUGACAGUGUCCUCUCGCACUCUCGCGGUGGCUCCCCUGCUGUCUCUGCUGGCCGACAGUUUCAAGAGCGGCCAAGACCUGUCUCCAGAACUGUCCUCAUUCUUCCUCUCCGCCCUCGACUUUCGCAGCCAAGCCGCGUCUGAAGAUGUGGAGCUGGUAGAGCCAGCUGUCAUCAAAGCAAUAAUUGCUCUGGUCUUUAAACUCUCCGAAUCUGCCUUCCGUCCAUUUUACUACAAGAUUUUCAACUGGGCUAUUCAAACGGAGGGGCACAGGGAUCGGUCCAUUACAUUUUAUAAGCUGACAUGCAGUAUUGCCGAGUCUUUGAAGGGUUUGUUUGUCUCAUUCGCCCACUACUUCCUUAAGAACGCUGCUUCCCUAUUGGACGAGAACAACGUGGCCAAGCAGGCCUUGACGUGGGAGGAGACUAAAGCCUCCGAGUUGUUGGACACAGUGCUGCGAGCUUUACACACAGUGUUCCUGCAUGAUGCUAGUCACUUCAUCAACAAGGAGAGGUUUGACACUCUCAUGCAGCCUAUUGUUGACCAGUUGGAGAAUCAGCUGGGAGGAGAUGAUCAGAUGCAAGAUAGAUCAACAGAACUGGUGAUUCCUUGUCUCACACAGAUGGCUGUGAGUGCAGCAGACGACACUUUGUGGAAGCAGCUCAAUUACCAGAUACUGCUGAAGACAAGGCAUAACCUAUCAUUGGUUCGAAUCGGAGGUGUCCUGGCAGUUUGUGAGAUUGCUAAAAAGCUAGGAGAAGAGUUCUUGCCAUUACUUCCUGAGACAGUUCCAUUCUUGGCAGAACUAUUGGAAGAUGAGGACGAAAAUGUGGAGAAAACUUGCAGAAGAGUUGUCCAAGAGUUGGAAGCAGCUCUCGGAGAACCAAUCAGCAAAUAUUUUUAACUUAUAUUUGUUUUAAAGUGUAUAUAUCAGUAAAGUUUUUAUAA